GUAAAUUCUGGAUGGAUCCAAUAAAUAAAAAAAAAGUAUAUUCUGGACACAUCAAUAGCGCUGGAGGCGGGGGGAGACAAAUAGUAGGAUGCUACUCGCCCUGCUGCUUGGCUUAUUUUCUGUAGCUGGCCAUAAGAAUUUGAAAUUGAAUAUUUACUCAGAAAGGAUGACUUCAUCGAAAGCUUGCUUGUCUUUCAGUAUAAUCAUCAUCAUGAGACAGAGACUGUAAGAUUUUGGUUUAAUACAACAUGUUUACUGCCAACAAGCAGCAUUUUUGUAUCGUAAAGCUCUUAGAUUAUUAUUCAUAGAUAGAUCUUUUUCUGCCUUUUUACUUAUGAAAUUGUUCUAUGAAGAAGUAAGCCACUGACACCAAACCGCAGUAUGAGUGUUGUUUUUAACCUGAUCCGGGUGGGUCUUUCCCUGACCACCCUCUCUGCCUUUUGUUUCCUCUUCAUGACCUCACUGCUUCGACGCAACGGCAGCUUCCGGAUUGCGCUAUUCGGCUUCUACCGGGCCGAAAAUAUUAGAAAUGCCCCCGCCGCGCCGGCAACAAGCAGUGUUUGCGACCGGCGUAAUAUGCACGCCGACGGUGUCCUCGGUGUAUCCAAAAGAAACCUCCUCAAACAUUUCCCGAUAGAUUUGGUGUUAAUUUGGGGCUUUCUGUACUAUCUGCACCUGAUUGCGGCGCAAGCGACGACAGAUGUACAAGGUUCCUUCAUUGUGAAAACACGCGACACCAUGGCGGCGUCCCUUUUGGCUUACCAGGAACACAGUCUGGUCUUCCUACCGAUGUUGGUGCUGCAUGCGGUUUUGUGUGGUAGUUCAUCAGCCUACUACACACGAAAACGGAACUUGCUGGCUUUGUUUUGGAUUGUGGUGAAACUCUACUACCCGUUCGCCAUGUAUUUCGGGUUGCACUUUGUGCGGCCGGACUUCCGCCUGCUUUUCGGCUACUUCGUGGACUACGCACUCAUGUAUGAUAUGGCCAGAUUCGGCGUUUUUGCAACGUGCGUGCACGACGAGGAGAAGCAGGGGAAAGGAAGUUAACGAAUUCAAAUUCAUUUGAUAUGCAUGAUGUGGUAAAAAGAUAAAAAAACGCUUCUGCUUCACACUACGUUGCACACAAAGUGAGGUCAUCGAUUCUCAAACCUGUACAAUCGCCUAGCAACAAACUACAAGAACCAUCCGUAUCGACGACUGGAGUUGUCACAAAUAAAUUGACUUUUGUCGGAAAAAAAGAAUCAGUGAAAGUACACGAAGUCGUGUUUUAUUUUACGGCCACGUAAGUAAU